CCCCGCCUACCAGGGAUAAGACUUUCCUGAAGUUCGGGCUGAACUGGGAUCCGGACCGAAAAUAGAGGCACAGAAAAGCCUGAAGAUUCUCAUGUAACUCUGGGAACUGCUUUGAAGAAGUUGGAGUGCCAAAGAAGACCUUUGAAGUGUGAAAAUUCCUGUAACUGAAACCAAAAUGUCUUUCAUAGAUCCUUACCAGCAUAUUAUUGUGGAGCACCAGUACUCCCAUAAAUUCACAGUAGUGGUGUUACGUGCCACUAAAGUGACAAAGGGGGCCUUUGGUGACAUGCUUGACACUCCAGAUCCCUAUGUGGAACUUUUCAUCUCCACGACCCCUGACGGCAGGAAGAGAACAAGACACUUCAAUAAUGACAUCAACCCUGUGUGGAAUGAGACCUUUGAAUUUAUUUUGGAUCCUAAUCAGGAAAAUAUUUUGGAGGUCACGUUAAUGGAUGCCAAUUAUGUCAUGGAUGAAACUCUAGGAACAGCAACAUUUCCUAUAUCUUCCAUGAAAGUGGGAGAGAAAAAAGAAGUUCCUUUUAUUUUCAACCAAGUCACUGAAAUGAUUCUGGAAAUGUCUCUUGAAGUUUGCUCCAGCCCAGACCUGCGGUUCAGCAUGGCUCUGUGUGAUCAGGAGAAAACUUUCAGGCAGCUGAGAAAAGAGAACAUCAAGGAGAAGAUGAAGAAACUCUUGGGCCCCCAGAGGAGUGAAGGGUUGAAUUCUACCCGGGAUGUGCCCGUGGUGGCCAUCCUGGGUUCCGGUGGGGGUUUCCGGGCCAUGGUGGGAUUCUCUGGUGUAAUGAAGGCGCUGUAUGAAUCAGGAAUUUUGGAUUGUGCUACCUACGUUGCUGGUCUUUCUGGCUCCACGUGGUACAUGUCAACCUUGUAUUCUCACCCAGAUUUCCCAGAGAAAGGGCCAGAGGAGAUUAAUGAAGAGCUAAUGAAAAAUGUUAGCCACAACCCCCUUUUGCUGCUCACACCACAGAAAGUUAAGAGAUACGUUGAGUCUUUGUGGAAGAAGAAAAGCUCUGGCCAGCCUGUGACUUUCACGGACGUCUUUGGAAUGUUAAUAGGAGAAACACUAAUUCACAAUAGAAUGAACACUACUUUGAGUAGUCUGAAGGAAAAAGUCAGUGCCGCACGAUGUCCUUUGCCACUUUUCACGUGUCUCCAUGUCAAACCUGAUGUGUCGGAGUUGAUGUUUGCAGAUUGGGUUGAGUUCAGUCCCUAUGAGAUUGGCAUGGCUAAAUAUGGUACUUUUAUGGCUCCUGACUUAUUUGGAAGCAAAUUUUUUAUGGGAACAGUUGUGAAGAAAUAUGAAGAAAACCCCUUGCAUUUCUUAAUGGGUGUUUGGGGCAGUGCCUUUUCUAUAUUGUUCAACAGAGUUUUGGGAGUUUCUGGCUCACAAAACAAGGGUUCUACCAUGGAGGAAGAAUUAGAAAAUAUCACAGCAAAGCAUAUUGUGAGUAAUGAUAGCUCGGAUAGUGAUGACGAAUCACAGGAACCCAAAGGUACUGAAAGUGAAGAUGCUGAAAGGGAGUAUCACAAUGAUAAUCAAGCAAGUUGGGUGCAUCGUAUGAUAAUGGCCUUGGUGAGUGAUUCAGCUUUAUUCAAUACCAGAGAAGGCCGUGCUGGGAAGGUGCACAACUUCAUGUUGGGCUUGAAUCUCAAUACAUCUUACCCACUGUCUCCUCUAAGAGACUUUACCAUGCAGGAAUCCUUCGAUGAUGAUGACGAACUGGAUGCAGCUGUAGCAGAUCCAGAUGAAUUUGAGCGAAUAUAUGAGCCGUUGGAUGUAAAAAGUAAAAAGAUUCACGUAGUGGACAGUGGGCUCACAUUCAACCUGCCGUACCCCUUGAUCUUGAGACCUCAGAGGGGCGUUGAUCUCAUCGUCUCCUUUGACUUUUCUGCAAGGCCAAGCGAUACUAGCCCUCCGUUUAAGGAACUUCUACUUGCAGAAAAGUGGGCUAAAAUGAACAAACUCCCCUUUCCAAAGAUUGAUCCUUAUGUGUUUGAUCGGGAAGGACUGAAGGAGUGCUACGUCUUUAAACCCAAGAAUCCUGAUGUGGAGAAAGAUUGCCCGACUAUCAUCCACUUUGUUCUGGCCAACAUCAACUUCAGAAAGUACAAGGCUCCAGGUGUUCCAAGAGAAACCAAGGAAGAGAAAGAAAUAGCAGACUUUGAUAUUUUUGAUGACCCUGAAUCACCCUUUUCAACCUUCAACUUUCAAUAUCCAAAUCAAGCAUUCAAAAGGCUGCAUGAUCUGAUGCACUUCAAUACCCUGAACAACAUCGAUGUGAUAAAAGAUGCCAUUGUUGAGAGCAUUGAAUACAGAAGACAGAAUCCAUCUCGCUGCUCUGUUUCCCUCAGUAACGUUGAGGCAAGAAAAUUUUUCAACAAGGAGUUUUUAAGUAAACCUCAAGUAUAGAUGGAAAGAGCCGUGGUUUCUGAUGCUACCAUUUGAAAUUCCAUGGUAACUGGAUUUAAAAGCACCGUACAGAUAGAGACUGGCUGAUACUCACAGUUGCAGUUAUUGAGCUGCCUGAGAAUGCUAUUUCUAUGAAUUUGGUAGGUGGACAAAUGAUGUUGUUUAUAUACAAAUAUGCUUAGUGUCAGUUUCUGUUAGUUUGAAUUUUCUGAUGUCAAUGUAGGGAUAUGUACCGGAUUUAAAAACAUUCCCCACCAACCUUUGUAUGUGUGCUCUUUUUACAAAUGUGGUUUUCUUUUUUAAGAUAUUUAAAAGUUUAGUAAGAAAGACUGUCCAUUGUUUGUGAAUGUUAUUCACUGACUAGAAAUUUUUUUUCAUGCCAUGAGACAACACUAUUUUUUAUUUAUAUAUGUAUGUAUACAUAUAUCAAAUAAAUGCAUUAGUAU